AUGGCCGCCAUCUCUCACCUUAUUGCUGCUCGCAGCGAGUACGCCAUGGCCCAGCUGGCCAAGCGUGACAACUGGGCCCAGCGCGAGCCUGGUGUCAUUGUCGUCUUUGUCAUUGUCUUCCUCGUUGCCUGCUUGUUGAUUGGUGUAUUCAUCUCCAAGCGCGUCGGCGGCAACAAAGCAUAA